AUGAAGGCCGUCCUACUCCUUCGCCCGAACGUCUCUCUUUACUCGACGGAUGCUCACCCGGCGAAUUGCUCACCAUACUCCCUGGAUACCAGCGACGACGAAUCUAACUCUGAACGCCGUCGUCGGCGGACUUCGAACCCAACUAGGACCUGCGAGUGUCUAACCCAAACACUCUGCUGCCAUGGAUGUGGAAAUUCCGUUGGGUAUAUGAUUGUGGUUCCCUGUACACGAUGCACGUCCUCCGUCACGACAUCCAAUCGUUCGACCAACGGUCAUCGUUUCGUGUUUCAUUCAAGUGAAAUUGUGGCCAUCGAACGGAGAUACAUUCCCGGGGAGAAGGGCGUGAGCGGAUAUGAGACUCCGGACGUCCCACUCCGGUCGUUCCCCCCUUUGCGCACGUUCGAACACGCGUCCCCUGCGUUUUACAGCCCAUCACAGGAGCCUCCUUACAACCUCCCUCCUCUUCACCAACACCCAAAUCCAGCUUACCACCGACGUCAUCCGCACCUUCGCGAUCAUUUCAGCGCUAGAUCACAUCCACCGCCCUCUUCCGACGACGGCCCCUAUGAUCAAGACCAUACUUCUACAUCCCAUCCAGAAGCCCCAGUACCACCAGAACACAAGGAACACCCCGCUGCUCGACGGCUAAAAGCAGGCGAAUGCGUGUUCUGGCAUCAUCUGACGCGUGGUGGGGAAAUCCUAGGGGUUUACGACGACGAGAGAGCAAGAAGGCCAUGGUCCCCUGACUCCCCUGAUUCGGAGACUCGUUGGCUUGAAAUGCAGUUUGAUCGCUAA